CGUGCUACUCUGUUUGACCACCUAUAUUAGUGCAGUUUGCCCGAUUGAGAGAGAGAGAGAAAAAGAAUGGAGAUCGGUGGUGUACCUGUAGUCACUCUGAGCUCCGGCAGGGGCAUGCCUAUUUUAGGUAUGGGAACAGCUGAAAAUAAUCUUCAAGGGUCUGAAAGAGUGAAAUUGGCGAUCCUGAAAGCAAUAGAGGUGGGUUAUACACACUUCGAUACAGCUUUUGUAUACCAGACAGAAGGGUCUCUUGGUGAUGCUGUAGCUGAAGCACUUCAAAAUGGCCUAAUCAAAUCUCGAGAUGAACUCUUCAUCACUUCCAAGCUAUGGUGCGCUGAUGCUUACCCUGAUCAUGUCCUCCCCGCUCUUCAGAAUUCCCUGAGGAAUCUUAAGUUGGAGUAUCUGGAUCUAUAUUUGAUACAUUGGCCAGUAAGCUUGAAACCGGGGAAGUUUGUGCAUCCUAUACCGAAGGAUGAAAUAUUUCCAAUUGACUACAAGUCUGUAUGGGCAGCCAUGGAAAAGUGUCAGAUGCUUGGACUAACCAAGUCGAUCGGGGUCAGCAAUUUUUCCUGCAAGAAGCUUCAAUAUCUAAUGGCCACUGCCAACAUCCCUCCGGCUGUUAAUCAGGUGGAGAUGAACCCAAUAUGGCAACAACAGAAACUAAGGGAUUACUGUAAGAGCAACAAUAUCAUGGUUACUGCAUACUCGCCUUUGGGAGCCAAAGGAACUAUGUGGGGCUCCAGUGGAGUUAUGGACUCCGAGGUGCUGAACCAGAUUUCCCAGGUCAGAGGAAAAUCUGUUGCUCAGGUUAGUCUAAGAUGGGUAUACGAGCAAGGCGCGAGUCUUUUGGUGAAAAGUUUCAACGAAGAGAGGAUGAAGGAGAACCUGAAGAUAUUCGACUGGGAACUGAGCCCAGAAGACUUGAAAAAGAUCAGUGAGCUCCCACAACGCAGAGUGUCAACUGGUGAUCCUUUUGUCUCCAUUAAUGGGCCCUUCAAAUCUGUUGAAGAACUCUGGGAUGACGAAGUCUGAAACCUGUCCAUCCAUCCUAUUUUAUAAAAAAACUUAUCAGUACUUGUACUUCUUCUCUGCCAAUAAAUGAACCUUUUUAAUACCUAUUCACAAUUA